AUGGAAAGACAGCUCUCGGGGGAUUUGAUGAAGUCGAAGAAAAGAGAAGAAAUCCGUCAUCUCAUCCAAAUCUGGACCUAUUAUUCUGACCCAUGCAAAAUCGAAUUCCAUAAUUCUGAAUGUUACUAUGACAAUAAUUUUUACAUGUUUACCAAUUAUUUGGCCACCUGGCUGGUUUGUGCAUUGACUUUUGAUCGGUUUCUGGCGUUUUAUGCGAAAAAUUUAUAUGAGAAUUCAAAGAUAAUUUCUGUGAUUUUGGUGGUUGUGGCGAUUAUCCUCACUUUAAUUGUUCACCUAAUUAUCUAUUCUAAUGUUCCAUUAGCUGGAUAUGUGCCUUCUUGUCAAUAUCCUCCGCAAUUAUCACUAAACUCUUUUCAACUGGCCACAAAUAUAAAAAUUCUAUGUUCAAUUCUUAUGUGUUUGGUGAUCAUGUUCCAUUUGUAUUUCAUAAUCAGACAGGAUAAAAGAAUCCGUCAUACUGUGUAUGACACUUCUACCAGAUACUCAUCAUUCGAGAACGUGUUAACCACAAAAUCAGUCUUGACAAUUGCGGUGACCCAGUUAUUUUUCUCGUGUCUGUCUUCUAUUGCAGUCACAAUAGUUCGCCACUUUGAAAAGGGAAUGACCGAAUACACAUAUCACAUUUUGACCCAAUAUGUUGCAGGUCUUCUCUAUGGCAACCUCUCGAUUCCAAUUCUAAUCUACCUCAAAACCACUCAAUGCAUACGUUAUCGACGUCAAAAAAUUACAAAAAUGACAUUGGAACCAGAUCUAAUGGAAAGUCGAAUGAUAUCAUUGAAGGCUAUGUGGGAGAAAUAA